ACUCACUCCACUGUCUGUAUAGGAUCGCGUCUAGUCGAAGACCGUAGACGGAACAAAGAUGAAAUAUCGGGCGUCCGUUUGAGGUUAGACAAAGGGUGUCGCGAUUGCUUUCGCCCUUGUCUCGUGCAUUUUCACAAGUGUAGAGAAAAAUAAACAGAUCAAUCGAUUCUCGUGCAUGUCGUGAUCACCAGCCGCCAUCAUGAGCAAGAUGUACUCGACGGCGAACCUGUCCGACAAGGAGUUGAAGGAACAGGGAAACCGUCUCUUCGAUCUACACAAAUACGAAGACGCGGCUAGUUGCUACUCGAAGGCAAUCAUGAAGAAUCCAGGUCAAGCGUUAUAUUACACAAAUCGGGCACUGUGUCACUUAAAGCUAAAGCGAUGGGAGUCCGUGUGUAAGGAUUGCAGAUGGGCUCUGGAUAUAGAUCCCUGUUUGAUGAAGGGUCACUUUUUCCUGGGACUUGCCCUACUUGAAUUGGAACUAUUUGACGAAGCUGUCAAAUAUCUGCAAAGAGCCGUAGACUUGGCAAAGGAGCAGAAGCUAAACUAUGGCGACGACAUCACCAGUGUAUUGCGCCAAGCUAAGAAACGUCGAUUUCAAGUAAGGGAAGAGCAAAGAAUUUCCCAAGACAUCGAGCUGCAGACUUACCUGAAUCAGCUAAUCAUGGAUGAUGCGAAGCGUAACUUGGUAACUCUGCAAGAACAAGAGACGAAGGAUUCCGACGUUGAAACAAACUCGGCCGAAUUCGCCAGGAGAAAAGAAGAGAUUGAGGAAAAGAGAGAUACCUGUAUAUCGAGACUCAAUGAUCUCUUCGCCAAGAUCGACGAGAGAAGGCGGAAAAGAGAAGUGCCCGACUACCUGUGCGGCAAGAUUAGCUUCGAGAUUUUGCAAGAGCCGGUGAUUACGCCCAGUGGAAUCACGUACGAGCGGAAAGACAUCGAGGAACAUCUCCAACGAGUCGGUCACUUCGAUCCGGUCACACGUGUACGUUUGACACAAGAUCAACUGAUUCCGAACUUGGCAAUGAAAGAAGUGGUCGACACCUUUCUACAGGAAAAUGAAUGGGCCUUACAUUAUUGAUGCCGAUACGUAGCUUACUGCCAUAGAUUUAAGUUAAGGUGGUGGCGAUUUUCAGCGACGGAAGAAAGAGAUGAAAGCUUCAUGAUGAAGAGAUUUAGAGGUGGAUACAUCUAAAAGAAAUCUCAAGAGAGUGUAAAAUAGUAGACUGUACAUGUAAAGGACUAAGUAUCUUGUUACCGUGAAAUAUUUUUACACGCCAUACGAGACGUGCAAGCUAUUGUUAUUGUAAUGUAAGUAUACUAGUAAAUAGUUAACAUAAUAAUGAUCUUACAGAUUAUAUAUAUAUAUAUAUAUAUAUAUAUAUAUAAUAUAUAUAUAUAUAUAUAUAUAAUUCUGUAAGUGCUACAUAUUUACAAUUAUUAUUAAUCACAUAUAGGACUGUUAAUUUUCAUUUCGAUUAAUCAUCUCCGGUUUAUAAAUAAGAUAAAAUUUUCAUAAUAGUUACGUUUCUUAAAAAUAAUCGAAAUUUUAUUGAGUAUUUUGAUUUUAUGAAAUCGAAACUUUAAAGAGUUGAAUAAAAACUCAAGAGUUGACUGAAAGUUUCCACAUACACAUACACACACAGUGGCUCAAAAAAAAAUCCAACAUAAGCUCUAUGUAGCAUCUGUAAUUCUUGUUUUACCAUAAAUAAUAAAUUAUUUAUUUUAUCAUCAAA